AUGAAGAUGCUGCUCUGGAUCGCUCUCCAGCUCGGCCCAGCAUGGGGGGCAGCACUGCCCGAAACCAAACCCUCGUUGGAUCCGAUCCCCCAACACAUGUCUCCCUUCCAGCUCGGCGGCCACACUAAACCCGAGGACUACGGGCGGCCCGUCAACAUCGACCUGGAAGUGUGGACAAGGGGCCAGACACAGCUGCAAUGGUACGGCGAGAUCACCGUCGACACUCCGCCGCAGAAAUUCAAACUCAUCUUCGACACGGGCGCCUCGCUCAUGCUGAUCGCCCACAAAAACUGCACCACCUGCGGCAACCACCCACUCUACGACCCAACCGCGUCGCAAACCUUUUCCGCCCAGCCCGGCUACAAGCUCGAAGUCACCUUCGGCAGCCAAGGCGGCGGCACCACCUCAACCCCCGAAGUCCAAGGCGCCAACUGCACCGUCGUCACCGACACGGUGCGCAUGGGCGGGCGCGGCCCGCCGGCCAGCGAGUUCCUCAUCUGCGACAACUACUCCUCUGGCCUGCGCGACCAGCCCCCCGACGGCAUCUUCGGGCUGGGAUCAACCCCCUACGCGCUCCCCGCGCCGGAAUUCAGCUUCUCCUUCGCGCGCGUGCCGCGCCGCGCGGGGGUGCUCACGCUGGGCGGCACGGACCGCUCGCAGUACGUGCCCGGCACGCUGCGCACGAUCCCGCUCAACUGGCCGCUGUCGGAGUCGCGGUGGCGGUGGGUAGUAGAUGUGCGCGGGGCGCGGGUCGGGGACGGGCCUAUGUUAGCGAACUCGACCGAUGCCGUCACGCUGGUGGAUACGGGCGGCGCGACGAUCAUCACGCCGGAUCGGGAGAUGACGGCGGAGCUGUACGGCCGCAUGUCGAGCGAGAUUCGGCCGCUGGAUGAGCGCGGGGCGUGGGGGGCGCCGUGUGGCGUGCUGGAUCGCGCGGCGAGGGAUGUCUUGGGGCAGAGGAAGUGCCUAAAAAGGAUUGAGGUUGUUGCAGCUAAAGCUGCAGCAGCCGAAACUACAUAA